CAAUGUCGUCACACUUCUAGGUAACGGUAUCACUUUACGGAACCGCAGAACGGGCAGAAGUAUCACGAAUGGGAGAAUUAACAAAGGAAUGGAUGAUGAUGAUAUGAUGAUGAUGCCUGUAUACGGAUAUAUGCGAAUAUGUUCUCCGGUCAGCCAACACAUCGUGUUCAUGGUACGUUCCUGGGCUUGGCAUUAAGUACGUCCUUUGCGCGUUUAUGCGUGAGAGGAACAUGUAAAUUUUCAGCAAGGCGGGGAUAUCUCGGCAACGCCUCCCCCCACCCAACAGCUGCCAAACCGAGACGAGAUGCGGGUGAUUCUGUUAAAACCCCUAUCCCAGCUCAGCAACAAUGGCCCCUCGGGUCGGACAGCGUCCCACGGCCUUGAUUCCUCCGCUGAUCGUAUUCGCGUUCGAUGAUCGGCGUCUCGGAUCAAUGGGUGUCA